AUGGCAUAUAAUGGUUAUAAAUAAAACUAAAAACACCAAAAGUCCUUAAGAUAACUGCUACACAUAGGGUUGCUAUUGGGAUAAUUGUGCAAGUACUUAGCUAACAUUUUCAUUAUUGCGAAAGGAAUCUUGCAGAAUAUCUCUCUCGCAAAUACUGAAAUUGCUUACUUUUCGCCCUUGGUAUUCAGUUUCUAAAAGUUCAAAUUUUGCUUAAAUCAUGAUGAUUCUAAUUAUUAUUGGAGAUCAAUCAUCAUGGUAAUGGUAUUAAUAAAUUGAAUCUAAGAUUUAAGAAACACACUAAUAAAUCAUGUAAGUAUUUGAUUCUGAAAUUUCAAAUGCCAUUUAAUAUUUAAAAUUUUUUGCAUAUUUUCAAUACAUUUUAACAUGUUCAAUAUUUGUCAAGUGUUUGGUCUAAAAUCUAUGUUAAAAGAUGAACAUUUACAAAACCAGAUAAUUUAAUAGGAAUAUGAACACCACUCACAGGAAUACCCAUUAACUAAGAUAAAUACUCAUUAAUUCAUUCAAGGUAUGUGUAUUAUCACUAUGAUUUUAGCUUCAUAAAUACAAUAUCUAAUAAUUUGCAGCUAAGUUUACAGUGAUAUUAAAUAUAUAGCAAUAAUUAACUGCAAUUAUCCUUGAUAAAUGUUACACAAUAACUAGAAAUUAUCUUUGCAAAUAUUUUCUUGGUAUUACAAUUUAAUUUACGCCUUUCCUUAAUAUUAAUCUAUAGUCAUUAUCAAAUUAAUAAAGAUGUUAUAAUUUAAAAAUUUACUUAAUGUUUGAUAAUUUAUUUUUUAUCUCUCCAUAUUCAAUAUCAAAUUAACGUCUGAAUUAAAUUAACAUUUUAAAUCAAUUUUAAUAUAUCAACCAACAGACACACACUAAUAAAAGUUCCCUUAAAAAAAAUCUUUAUUUAAUCUGUUAUAUUAAUCAUUUAUAAGGAUAUAAAGUGUAAUUUUACGGGGCUUUUGAAAAAUGA